AGCUGAGCUCCUUAGAAAUGGCAAGAACAAAGCAGACCGCUCGUAAAUCUACUGGAGGAAAAGCCCCGAGGAAGCAGCUGGCCACUAAAGCUGCUCGUAAGAGCGCACCAGCUACCGGUGGCGUCAAGAAGCCUCAUCGUUACAGGCCCGGUACCGUGGCACUGAGAGAGAUUCGCCGUUAUCAGAAAUCCACUGAACUGCUGAUUCGUAAACUGCCAUUCCAGCGUCUGGUGAGAGAAAUCGCUCAAGAUUUCAAGACGGAUCUUCGCUUCCAGAGCUCAGCUGUCAUGGCCCUGCAGGAGGCUAGUGAGGCUUAUUUGGUCGGUCUGUUUGAAGACACCAACUUGUGCGCCAUCCACGCCAAGAGGGUCACCAUCAUGCCCAAAGACAUUCAGCUGGCCCGCCGCAUUCGCGGAGAGCGCGCUUAAAUUUAUAGUCAUAAAAACCCAAAGGCUCUUUUAAGAGCCACCUCAAUGUCUUUAUGAAAGACUAUUUUUCUUUACUUGAACUUU